AUGGACUUUACUACUUUCUAUAAUAUUAUCGCCGGUAACCCUCGUGGUUCCGAUACUACUACGUCGGGUACAAGCCCUCUCAAUCAAUCAUCUUUCUGGCCUGCUCCCGUGGCUACAGCAAACGACGUUGAAGAUGCCGUGCGCGCUGCAAAAGAAGCAUUUCCUGCGUGGUCUCAAACGUCUUACAAGCAGCGAACAGACCUUUUGGAACGAUUUGCCGACGUCUACCUUUCUCAUGCCAGCAACUUUUGUCAAUUACUUGCUACAGAGUGCGGAAGAUCAGUCGAAAAAGCAGCCAUCGAAGUGUAUUUUGCUGCACAAUGGCUGCGAUAUCCAUCUAAAUACAACCUUCCUGAAGAAGUGAUUGAAGACAAUGAGAAGACGGUUGUCAUUAGUCAUGAGCCUCUUGGGGUAGUUGCAGCUAUUUGCCCAUGGAAUUUUCCAUUGAUGCUUGCAAUCGGGAAAAUUGCGCCAGCUCUAGCCACGGGAAACUGCGUUAUCCUCAAACCCUCGCCGUUCACUCCAUACUCGUCUCUUAAGCUCGCAGAGCUCGCCCAGCAAGUGUUUCCUCCGGCAGUUCUACAAGUCCUCCAUGGAGACAACGAACUGGGUCCUUUAUUAGUCAAGAACCCUGAUAUUCGCAAGAUUUCUUUCACUGGAUCUACGGCUACAGGAAAAAGGAUUCUGAAAGAUGGAGCAGACACCAUGAAGCGAAUUACCCUUGAGACCGCUGGUAACAAUGCUUCUAUUGUCCUUCCCGACGUUGACCUCAAGGCCAUCAUUCCUCAAAUUUCUGGAGGUCUAUGGUUCAAUGCUGGACAGGUCUGCGCCGCCACACGUCGUCUGUACAUUCAUCAAGAUAUUUUCGACGAGGCAGUGGCUCAGCUUGAGGAGGCUACAGCGGGGGCAGCCAAGGACCUUGUCUCAGGUGUCGGGCCAAUUCAAAAUCAGGUGCAAUAUGAGAAGCUCAAACAGGCACUCGCUGACGCAAGACAAGCUGGCUGUGAACUGUUAUCGCCGGCUCGGACGGAACCGGAAGAAGGAUUCUUUAUCCAGCCGACCAUCGUCAAGGACCCAUCACCACAUGCUGACAUCGCUCAACAAGAAAACUUUGGCCCCAUCGUCUCGUGCAUCAAAUUCUCAUCCAUCGAUGAAGCCGUAGCAAUGGCCAAUAGUAGCAACAGCGGUCUUGCUGCUAGUGUGUGGAGCAAGGAUGUAUCGGCCGCCAGGCGCGUGGCGUCUUCUCUCGAGGCUGGCAACGUCUACGUUAACGGACCGCCCCGUCCUGAUCCUCAUGUACCGUUUGGGGGGCAUAAGCAGAGUGGUCUGGGCGUUGAGUAUGGGCUGCAGGGCUUAGUAUCGUUCUGCCAAACAAGGUCCACGUACCUGUACAAGUAG